AUGUUAAAAACCAGCGGAGAAUUUUCCAAAGGACAGGUUGUUUUUAAUAUCACCUAUGUUAAUGGACAGGUGUAUCUAAAUGAUUUUCCUAUGAAGAGUGGCGUUACCCACAUAACAUGUCAAACAAUAAUCUGGGAGAACAUGGAUGAUCUGCCACAAGGGCAGCGCCUGGGAACCGUCAGUGCUCGCAUCAUGGUGCAUGAGUGGCCGUUGGCGUCAAGCUCGGACCUGAAGCUGGUCGUCAUCCAGGAAGAAGUGACAGAAAUUGAUGGAAAAGAGGUUCAGCAAGAAGAAGUAACUGAAAUAAAUAUUUUAGUGAAGGACAUGAGAGUCCUUCGGCAUUCGAGCUACACCGUCCCUCUGCAGGAGAGCAUGCUGUAUUCCAUCCCCAGGGACAGCGAUGUGGUAUUUACAUUUCCCAACCUCUCAGGGAAAGAUAUUCAAGAUCCCCUGCAAACUACCAGCCAGUACCUUAUCCCGCAAGCAGAAACGGCAGUAGAUGAAGAGACGUUACCUGGCAAGCUACCAGAGACCCCUCUUAGGAUGGAACCUCCAUCUUCCUAUAAGGUGAUGUGCCAGUGGGUAGAAGACUUGAGAAAAGGCUUGUGCAGAUUCUGGUUUCGCUCAUUCCCCCUCUUCUUUAAUUUGAUGGAGGUCAUAGUGGUCGGAGUUGUUGGCGCAGCUUUUAUUCUGAAAGUCUUAAAGGUCAUUUGCCCUUCAUGUGAACACAAAGGCAUCCUUCUCCUGAAUCAAGACAGCUUUGUGCCUGUGGUUGCCAUCAGUUUGCCUACAGAGGUCGCAGACAGGAAAGAUAACGUAGACGAGAAAGCACACACCUAA